GAGAGGAGGACGGAGUGCUGAAGAACCAGAGGUGAGAGCGGGAGACGGAGCAGGUGAUGACCGCGUCUCCUCACCUGGACGCCGGGCUGCUGCUGCUGCUGCUCGCCUGCUGCAACACCCCCGGGAUGGUCGGAGGGACCGUGCCAGCGGCCCCCGUGAACGUGUCCGUGACCCAGCUGAGGGCUCACUCGGCCAUGGUGACCUGGAACGUCCCCCAGGGCGACGCCGUCAUCGGUUACUCCAUCUCCCAGCAGAGGCAGGACGGGCUGAUGCAGCGCUCCAUCCGGGAGGUGAACACGUCCAGCCACUGGUGUGUGCUGUGGGACCUGGACGAGCUCACACACUACAGCGUCCAGGUGCAGUCCGUAGGGCUUCAUGGCGAUAGCCAACCCAGCAGCGUCAUCCACUUCAAGACCCUGGAGAGGACGGACCACUACCCGGCCGGAGUCCUGGACCACCACGAGCCGGCGAUGGAGGGCCUGGGCAUGACUCCUCACCUGCAGACGGGAGAGCUGCUCAUCAUCACCACGGUGCUGCUGCUGUGGGCAGCCGUCAUCGCCCUCUUCUGCCGCCAGUAUGACAUCAUCAAAGACAACGACUCCAACGGCACCAAGGAGAAAGCCAAGAGGCCGCUGGUCCGGACCACCCCCCCCUACUACAACGCCUCGGCCGGCAGCUCGCCCAUCUACCACAACGGCGCCGUCCGCAGCAGCAGGCUGCACCGAGCCUCGUCCUCCAUCAGCAUCAUCCGAGUCUGAGCCGGAGUUGUUUGUGGGGACUUUCUGCUCAGGAGGAACUUCAGCCGGAUUAUCGUGAAAACUGGGGAAUUCACAGAGCUGCCGCCGCAGCAGAGACUCUCAUUUAUUGUAAAAUAUGAGCAAAAUCAGAAGCAAUCCAUGCAAGUCAGAACAAAUUAAAAGCAAAAGGGCUUGUGCUGUGGAGUCGGUGGACGACUGCUGCCCUCUAGUGGCAGAAACCGCCGGAACUGCAGCCAAACUAAACCGCUUUCUUGUCUGAUGUCGAUCAAUAAGUGAAUAUUUUCCAGCAUGUGCUCCUGGACUCCCGUCUGACUCCAAUUCACUCACUUUCAGGAGACUUUUGAUUACAGUAUAUUUCCCUCUCAGCAGCUACAAUCACAACCUUUUAAUUCAGUUCUGUGUGACUUUAUUCACAUCGUCUCCGCUUCAUCGUAGAUGUUCGGCACUAACAUCCAGAUUACAACAUGUGUACAUAAAGGAACGAGUUUCCAGAGUAACACAGAUAAAUAUCCGAAUGUAUGAGCUGACGGUGGUGAAUUUACACUGUAAAAAAAUGAAUAAAUCAAUAA